AUGCCUUGCCCGCCACUACCUCUGUCUCCUUCUCUCUGCCUGAAGUUUGUCUCCGCAAAGAAUACCUUCACUUGUAUCCUCAGUGCUUCCCCGACCCAGAAUCACAUUUACCCCGACCCAAUACCCGAAUUCGCGGAAUCUGAAACGCAGAAGUUCAGAGCUGAGCUGUUUGAGAGGCUAUCUGAGGACAAAGACGAGUUCGGCGAUGAUCUUCAUGCAGUCGUCGAUGUUUGUGCUCAGAUAUUCAGUGAAUUCAUGCACAAGGAGUAUGGAGGCCCUGGGACAUUAUUGGUGGAGCCCUUCACAGAUAUGUUAAUUGCUUUAAAGAAGAAGAAAUUGCCCGGAGCACCUCUGGCUGCAAGAACAUCUCUUUUGUGGGCUCAAAAUUAUGUUGACGAUGACUGGCAAGUUUGGAACUCAAAAUUAUAGUGACUUCCACUUUAUAUUUCUUUUCCUUAUUAUUAGUAUUAUUAUCAUAAUUAUUUUUUUUUC